ACGUCAGCGGUCGAGAAUUUAUACAAAUUUUCUCCUGCAGCAAGCCGCUGAGCUGCUUAAAAUUAGUGAAAAAAUCAAGUUAAGGCUAACGUGCAACAAAUUGCAGUGAAGUAAUCAUGGCGCGUUAUACGCAACGUCCGGAAAAUGCUCUGAAACGAGCCAAUGAAUUUAUUGAGGUGGGCAAGCCACUGCGUGCUUUGGACACGUUGCAGGAGGUGUUCCGCAACAAGCGUUGGAACUAUGCCUACUCGGAGACGGUCAUUGAGCCCCUCAUGUUCAAGUACUUGUACUUGUGCGUGGAGCUCAAGAAGUCGCAUAUUGCCAAGGAAGGUCUCUUCCAAUACCGCAACAUGUUCCAGCUGGUCAACGUGAACUCCCUGGAGAAUGUUAUUCGCGGUUAUCUUAAAAUGGCCGAGGAACACACCGAGGCGGCUCAGGCCCAAUCAUCAGCCGCUGUGGCUGUGCUGGAGUUGGAUGACUUGGACAACAUUGCCACGCCCGAGAGCAUCCUGAUGAGCGCCGUUUGCGGUGAGGACGCGCAAGAUCGCUCAGACCGCACAAUUCUGCUGCCUUGGGUUAAAUUCCUGUGGGAAUCCUAUUGCCAGUGCCUGGAGCUGCUGCGUGUUAAUACGCACUGUGAGGCGCUUUAUCAUGAUAUUGCGCGCAUGGCUUUUCAAUUUUGUCUAAAGUACAAUCGCAAGAGCGAGUUCCGUCGUCUCUGCGACAAGCUUCGCAAGCAUCUGGAGGACAUUUGCAAGCAGAGCAAUCAAACUACUGGAGUGUCCAUCAACAAGGUGGAGACGCAGCAGCUGUGCCUGGAUACCAGGCUAUAUCUGCUGGACUCUGCCAUCCAAAUGGAGCUGUGGCAAGAGGCCUACAAGGCCAUUGAGGACAUACACGGCUUAAUGGCCAUGUCAAAGAAGACGCCUGUGCCCAAGACUAUGGCUAACUACUAUCAAAAACUGGCUAUGGUGUUCAGCAAGGCUGGCAAUCAGCUCUUCCAUGCUGCUGCUCUCUUGAAGCUGUUCCAACUGACGCGUGAACUUAAGAAGAAUCUAACCAAGGACGAUUUGCAGCGAAUGGCUGCCCAUGUGCUGUUGGCAACACUCUCCAUACCGUUGCCCUCCGCGCAUCCGGAAUUCGAUCGCUUCAUUGAAGCUGACAAAAGUCCGCUGGAGAAAGCACAAAAGCUGGCCGUGCUCUUGGGUCUGCCCCAACCUCCUACCCGUGCCUCGCUCAUACGCGAAGUCGUGCGCCUAAAUGUGCCUAAUCUGGUGUCGGAAGAGUUCCGCAAUCUGUACAACUGGCUGGAGGUUGACUUCAACCCCUUGAACUUGUGCAAGCGCAUUCAAUCCAUUGUGGAUGUCAUCGAGAGCAGCGAAACUGGAAACACUUUGCUGACGCCCUACAUGCAAUCCUUAAAGGAUGUGACCAUCAUGCGCCUGAUACGCCAAAUCUCUCAAGUGUACGAGAGCAUUGAGUUCAAGCGUCUGCUACAGCUGGCGCCGUUCUGCAACAUUUUCGAAAUGGAGAAACUGCUGGUGGAGUCUGUGCGUCAUAAUGACAUGCAGAUUCGCAUCGAUCAUCAGCGCAAUAGCAUUUACUUUGGCACCGAUUUAACCGAGAGCCAGCGUGAGUAUCGUCCUGAUGGGCCAACACUGCAGUCUAUGCCCUCGGAGCAGAUUCGCUCGCAGCUCGUCAACAUGUCAACCGUGCUGACCCGCGCCGUUUCCAUUGUAUAUCCGAAUCGGGAGCGUGAUCAGCGUGCCAAGUUGCGCACACAGAUGGUGCAUCAUUACCAUGAGAUUAAGGAUCGUGAGCAUCAGCGCAUAUUGCAGCGCCAGAAGAUUAUUGAGGAUCGCAAGGAGUUCAUUGAGAAGCAGAACAAUGCACGCGAGGAGGAGGAGGCGCGUCGCCAUGAGGAGGAAUCGCGCAAGGCCAAGUUGGCUGAGCAGAAGCGUCUCGAGCAGGAGCAGGAAGAACGUGAGCGUAAGCGCCACGAGAAUGAGAUUCAGGCCAUUAAGGAGAAGAGUCUCAAGGAGAAGGUGCAACAAAUCUCGCAAACAGCGCAUGGCAAGAAAAUGCUCUCCAAACUGGAUGAGGAAGGUAUCAAGAAGCUGGAUGCCGAACAGAUUGCCAUGCGUGAGAGCGAGGAGCUGCAGCGUGAGCGCAAGGAACUGCAAUCCAAGCUCAAGUCACAGGAGAAGAAAAUUGAUUACUUUGAGCGUGCCAAGCGCCUGGAGGAGAUACCACUCUUUGAAAAGUAUUUGGCCGAGAAGCACGUCAAGGACAAGGAGUUCUGGGAGGCCACCGAGGCAACGCGCAUCGAGAACGCCAUUGCCGAGCGUAAGGAUGCUGUCAGCCAGCAGGAACGCCUUAAGCGCAUGUACGGAGAUCGUGAUGAGUUUUUGGAUGCGCUUAAGAAGGAGCGUGCUUCGUUGUAUGUCGAGAAGCUCAAGAAGUUCGAAAUUGCUUUGGCCGAGGAGCGCAAGAAGCGUUUGGCCGAUCGCAUCGUGCGCCGUCGCGAAGAACGUCGCCAGGCUCAUUUGCGUGCCAAGGAGGAGGAACGUUUCCGCAAGGAGGAGGAGAUACGUAUGGCACGCGAAGCUGAAGAGCGUGCCGCAGCCGAAGCCCGUCGCUUGGAGCGCGAGGCCGAGGACGAGAAGCGUCGCCAGCAGUACGAGAAGCAACGUGCCAAGGAAGAAGAAGCCGAGCGUAAGAUUCAGGAGGAUCGUGACCGUCUUGCACGUGAAGUUGUUGUGGAGCGCGAGCGCAGCGAAAAGGAGCGUGAUGUCUGGCGUCCACGUGCUGGUGAGCGUGCCAACAAUGAUGCUCCAGCUGGCGGUGCUGGUGAGUGGCGUCGCAAUGCUGCUGCUCCAGCUGACCGUGGUCAGCGCAAUGAGCGUAACGAUCGCCCAGAGCGUGGUGAGCGCAUGGAACGUGGCGAGCGCCAGGAACGUGGCGAGCGUGCGGAUCGUGGAGAGCGCAUGGAUCGUGGCGAGCGUAUGGAGCGCGGAGAGCGCAUGGACCGUGGAGAGCGUAUGGAGCGUGGCGAACGCAAAGACAACGAUGAUUCGUCAUGGCGUGUGCGUCGCGAACCAGAGACACAACGUGCUGCUGCUGGUCCAGAACGCUCUGAACGUCCGGAGCGUACAGAACGCUCCGAACGCGGUGCCCCUGCUGCUGGUCGAGAUGACAAGUGGCGUCGUGGCGGUGAACGCAAUGAACGUAAUGACCGCGCUGGAGGUGAACGUAAUGACCGCGCUGGAGGUGAACGUGACCGCGAGCGUGAUUCAUUCCGUCGCAACGAUGGCCCACGCCGUGAUGAUGAUCGUGGCGGCUUCCGUCGCAAUGAGGAGCAGCCACAGCGUGAAACUGGUGGUAACUGGCGUGAUGCGCCACGUCAAACAGAUCGGGAUAAUCGCCGUCCCGGUGGAGACAGACGUGAUGCUCGCGGUGCUGGUGCUGGUCCUAAGGAUGGCGGCGGCGGCGGCGGCGGUGCUGGUAACUGGCGCACUGCUCCAGCUCCACGUGAUGAUAAACCUGCCCCUAAGAGAGAGCAACCCCAAGAUAAGGAAAACAAAGCCGGCGAUGAUGGUGAAUGGACAAGCGUAAAGCGGCGUUGAUUAUUCAUUAUCUUCCGCAUUCUCUUAUACACACAGAAUAUGUAACAAUCCUUUUUUUAUAUAUAUAUAUUAUAAUGCAUUGUAACUGAUACGAAAUCUGCGCUACUUUCUGCUAAUGUUUUGUUUACAAUAUGUUGUGUGCAACCAAAACGGCAGCUGCAACAUAUAUCUAAAUACUUCAAAAUAAA